AUGCAGCGCGACGUGUACGCGUCGCUCAUCAAGAAGAGGCACAAGCAGAUGAUUCCGCUGCUGAUUCACCAGGUCUCGGGUGACGUCACCCGCGAGAACGUCUUCGACGAGGUCUUCAGCGGCUACAAGCUGCGCCGCAUCACACUCAUGACGCACAUGGCGGCAACACCCGCCGCGCUGCCGCGCCUGCCGCGCGACGUCGUAGUGUCGGACUUCGAGAAGCUCCUGGCGAUUCACCAGCCGCACUUCCACUACAAGCUGCUGCCGCUUCUGUGUACCGACAUCGAGGCGUUUGCGGCGAUGCAGGGCAUCUGCGCGAGUGAAAACUCGCCCUUUGUAAUCGAGGACCGCCGCGACCCACAGGGACUGACGCACCGCCUCGCGAAUGGCUGCGCGGAGCGAGAAGCGGUGUGCGAUUUCUUCGCCGCGCACAUUCCACCCGCGGAGCGUGAGGUACCGGCGUACUCGCGCAAACUUCCCAUCGCUGCAGUGAUGUUUGAUGGAUUAUUGAUGACGCGCAACGCCGCCGCCGUCGGUGGCUCGCUGGCGGCCCUCGUGACGGUGCACGAGGCGGCGACGGAGCGCAGCAUCAUGGAGCGGGUACUCAUGCGGGACUUCUUCGCCCACCCGCUAUACACGAAGGUAAGCGGGAACAGCGACGUGGCACAGGCUGUGCGUCUCACGCGGGAGCGCAUGCACUUCAUGGCGGUGAAGCGGGUAGUGGGGGGUGGCGAAGAGACGAGCCGGCGAAGUCUGCUGCGUAACGCUGCGUCGCAGAAGCUGUUCAUAUUUGAGAAGACAGACGACGAGUACCAGUUUGCGCACCUGUAG